ACUUUAACAAACAGUGAAAAUUAUAAGUUAAUGGAUUCUCAAGAUGUUGCCUAUAACUUGUGCAACAAUAAACUCCUUUUGCCAUGUUUGCAUGCUGGAUCAUGGAAACUCUAGGCAAAAUAUAUAUGAAAUAAAAUCGGAGCAAAAUCUACCACAGCUUUUUAAGACAGUUUGUGAUAUAAAUGAACAUAACUUUGGAGUCUCCCCAACCCAUCUAUGCCGUGGAUGCUAUGUAAAAGUUCACAUUUUUAACGAAUUUCGGCAAAAAUCGAUUUGCAGUUCAAUGGUGUUGAAUGAAUUGUUGUCAGAAAAUCUUUCAGUUAACAUGGUGCGUAACUUAAAAUUGUUUUGUCGGACGUGUCUGAAAAAGGUCAAAACAAUUGCGAAUUUGCCUAAUAUAGACAAUAAUAUUGAUAUCCGUAACUGGAUGCUGAAUUGUACAGGCAUUAAACUUGAUGAAGUGAUGACGGGAGAAUACAACGAUCAGCAAAUAUUUCCAAGUAAUAUGUGUAUCCGCUGUUUUACAAAAUUGCGUAAUUUUAUUGAGUUCAGAAGAGUUGCAAAGCAGUCGUUUGAAUAUCUUAAAAGUGUAUUAGGAAAAGAUGAAGAUGAUUUAGCUAAUGAUGUUAAAACCGAAGUACCAAAAUCUGAUAUCAAAACGGAGCAAGAGUUCAUUUUUGCAGAACAACUGCCAGUCAUACCGGAUGAAAAGACUACUGAUAGUGAAAGUGAAUACGACCAUGCAAAUGAUGAUAACAUGUACAAUGAAAACAAUGACAGUAAUGAUGCAACAAAUUCCGCUUUUAACUAUUUAACUGUACUUAUUAAUGAAACCAACGAUAGAGAAACAAAAAAAUGGGCAUCGGAAUCAGAAGAAGAGGCUGCCAUUAAUAUAGAAUGCAAAACGUCUCCAUCGGAUUUAGAAGAGGAAUUACCUUAUAAAGGCAGACCGAAAAGAAAAUGUCGAAUGGAUACAUUUAUACCAGAACUUACAACAGACGAAGUAAGGAAACGAAAAGUUAAAUGUGCAAAAGAAAAAAAGGAACGUAAACGUAAAGAAUCAAAAAUUAACCAAAAUUUAACCAAAGAUGAAAUUGAGGAAAAUAACAUUUUAGAUGAGAAAGAUAGUGAAUUAAUACAAGAUGGUAUGCGAAAAAAGAAGACAUUUAAAUGCGAAAAAUGUGAGAAAAUUUUUCGUAAUAAAGAAAAAUAUGAGGCACAUAUUAAUUUUGAACAUAAAGAUGUCGAAAAACCAUAUCCAUGUGAGUUUUGUGAAAAUUCCUAUCGAUUGUACAGCAGUUUAAGACGACAUACCCUUAAGGUACAUAUAAAUUCAAAUCUUUCAAAAUCUUCAGAAGAUGAAAAAUUAUUUAUGUGUGAAAUAUGUUGUAAAGCUUUUAAACGUACAGAUCACUUAAGAGAUCAUAUUAAUGCAGUUCAUUACGGAUUGCGACCAUUUAAAUGUAAAUACUGUGAUAAAUCAUUUGCAGCACGUAAAACUUGCCGAGUACAUGAAAUGAGCCAUACUGGUGAUCGCCCAUUUUCUUGUGAUUUAUGCGAUAGAAGCUUCCGCCAAAAAACAUUAUUAAAAAUACAUAUGGAAAUACAUACUACAAGUACAGAUCUACUCUGCCCUAUAUGUAAACGUGCUAGACCAAGUGUAGAGGAGCUUAGGGAGCAUGUAAUACAACAUGAAAUGACAAUGCAACAUCAAUGCUCAAAAUGUGGUAAAAUUUUUAGGAAAAAGUCAAAUAUGUAUGCACACGACAAAAGAAUGCAUUCAAGAGUAGAUUAAACAUAAAAAAUUUUCUGUUAAGAAAUAAAA